AUGAGUGCUGCUUGGCUUUUAAUAACAAUAUGCAUUGUUUCUUCAUUCUUACCAUCUGUUCGAACAAACGACUAUAGCUGGAGCCAGGGAACAAAGCAAUAUCACAGCCAAUUACCAUAUGGAAAUGGCCUGUCUGUUCAGGCCGGAAAUUCCUAUGGGAAAACGUAUUCCGGGAAUUAUGGGAACGGGAUAUCAGGCACAAGAUAUGGCUAUUCAACUAGUCCUCAAAUUGGAAUUGUAUUACCAAAGACUUUCGGAUAUGGAUUUAUGGGGUAUGAUAUGCAUUCUCUGCUCGGAGGCAGCUUCUAUGAUAUGAUGGGAUUUGCUCUUCCACAAACUUAUGGACUUCGAGGCAUUUCUUACCUUCAUCCCCAGGCAUUGCUUCAAAUGCAGCCAAUUUAUAACUUAUAUGGAUAUGGAAUGUAUCCCUUCUAUAAUUCAUACGGUGGUCAUUUUGACGUCUAUCAGAGAUAUGGAUUUAACAAUCAUCUAUGGGGAUAUGGAAAUGGACUCUGGGGAGGGUAUCCGUCACAGAUAACCAUGCAUGGACCUUUUGGUCCCAGAAUCAGUCCUUUCUUUGGAUACAAAGAACCAGGAUUUCUAGAGCGCCUAGGAUUUCAUGGAAUUUCAAAAGACAUAGUGACAGUUGUCGGUGGAGCUCUGCUGUUUGCAGGUCUUAUGAAACUUGGUUAA